UCCUCUUUUCUAUUACCCCUCAACACACAAACAAAAACAACUCUCUCUCUCUCUCUCUCUCAAUUUUCCCCUCCUCUCUGUUUCUGUUUCUCUUAUUCUUCUUCACUUAAGCUAUGCGUCCCGCCAUUGUAUGCGAUUUCUCUCCUCUAUAGAACCCUAGUUUUUUUAUUUUUUUAUUUUUCUGUUUUCUUUUGAUUAUUGUGAGGGAAACUAAGCGGAAUUUGAGGAUUCUGAGGUUUCGGGAUAUAUGUCCAUCAAUCAAUCAAGGUCCGACAAGAACGACGGGCAUUACAGGAAGUCCGGCGCGCGAUCCGGUAGCUCCGCGCAGCAGAGGACCUUCUUAGUCGGUGCCGGGAAGGGCGGCGGGAACGCCCCUCCUUCGUCGGCGUUUGUUCCUUCUUCAUCCUUGUCUUCCAAUCGGAGUUUUAAGAGGCCUAACAAUGCACAAGGAGGGCAAUCUAGGGUAAGUGUUGGCGCCGCAAAUUCGGAGUCUGCGAAUCCUUCAUCUCAGCAGCGUGGUAUACAGAAUGGUGUCCAUACACAGCCAUCGUCACAUGGAGUAUCUGAUGCCCCAGCUGGCAAACCCACUGAUUCGGCGCCUCAGAGAAUCAGUCGAGCUCCAAAGGCCCCAUCUUCCAAGGUCCCGUCUUCUUAUACAGCUGCUGUUAGUUCUGACACAGCAUCACAAACAGCACCUGACAAUGCCCCAGACGAUAGCAGGUUACAAUUCUCUCUUCAGUUUGGGUCCAUAAAUCCAGGUUUUGUGAAUGGAAUGCAGAUACCUGCUCGAACUAGUUCAGCUCCCCCUAAUUUGGAUGAGCAGAAGCGGGACCAGGCACGCCAUGAUACUUUUAUAGCUGUGCCUACAUUGCCGCUUCCUUCCAAUCCUAAGCAGCACUUGCCAAGGAAGGGCGUGAUUGCUAGUGAGCAAUCUAAUGCUGGGGAGGCUCAUCCCCUUUCUAAGGGUAAAAGGGAUGUCCAAGUAUCAUCUGCAUCUCCUGCUAACCAAACACAGAAGCCUUCUGUCCUUCCUAUGACUGGGAUUUCUAUGCAAAUACCGUAUCACCAGCCACAGGUUUCUGUACAAUUUAGUGGUCCAAACCCACAACUACAGUCUCAAGGCAUGACAGCUACUUCAUUGCAAAUGCCUAUGCCAAUGCCAUUACAGAUGGGGAAUGCUUCCCAAGUGCAGCAGCAGGUAUUUGUUCCAGGUCUACAGCCCCAUCCCUUGCAACCUCAGGGAAUGAUUCAUCAGGGCCAGGGCUUGAGUUUUACAACUCCAAUGGGGCCUCAACUAUCCCCUCAGUUGGGAAACUUGCAAAUGGGGAUGACUCCGCAAUAUACACAACAACAGCCUGGGAAAUUUGGUGGCCCUCGCAAAACUACUGUCAAGAUUACUCAUCCUGAUACACAUGAGGAGCUGAGGCUUGAUAAACGGGCUGAUCCAUAUUUGGAUGGCGGGUCGUCAGGUCCAUCAGGCCCAAGGUCCCAUCCUAAUUUGCCUCCUCCCUCCCAAUCUAUUCCAUCAUUUACACCCCCACAUCCAAUCAACUUCUAUACCAAUUCCUACAAUGCCAGUUCCCUCUUCUUUCCUUCUCCAAGUUCGCUUCCCCUUACAAGCACCCCAUUAACUUCCAGCACUCAAACACCAAGGUUUAACUAUCCUGUUAGCCAAGGUCCACCAACUGGACCAUUCAUAAAUGCGCCUACUCAUAACUCCUUGUCUGUUAGUAAGACUGGGACGGCAAUGCAGGGUGUUGCCGAACCAUUGAACUUGGAACAUGCCCGUGAUGUUCAUAAUGUAAUGUCUUCUGUGCCAUCAUCCACAUCACAGGUUACAAUAAAACCGGCUGUUGUCUCUGUUGUAGAAAAGGUUACAGAUGCUCUACCUCCACUUAGCUCAGCUGCCACUGAAAAGGUUGAAUCACCUAAACUUUUAAGGCUGCCUGGUGAAACUAGCUCAUUUCAUCUGCCAAGGAAUACUGACAUCAAUUCAGAAACCUCUUUACAACAACCAAAAACUGAUCUUGAACCCUCAACAUCCACAUUGUUACCAGGGGCAAGCAAGCAAUUUUCUGUGGCCACAGAUACUGUUUCUGUGGAGAGCUCAGCAUCCAAUACUUUGUCCUCUGCUCCAAGUGUCCUUUCUGAUGAAAAUGCAUCAGUUGUGACCAGCAAUGAAGGCAGAAGAAGAGAAACCCUUGGCAGGUCAAACUCGAUUAAGGAGCAUCAGAAGAAGACUGGAAAGAAAGGACAUCCCCAACCACAACAGCAGGUUGGCGGGCAAACUGCUUCUUUGUCAAACUUGCCUUCUCGGCCUAUGGAACGUGGUAUUUCUUCAAAAAUUGGAGUCACUGAGACUCUGGAACCUAAGGCAGUUCAUGGUACAUUGGGCAACAGUGAAGACGUCUUGGAUUUUACCCGGGAACCAGUGUCUACCAUUACUGCUGACAGUGCUGAUGCUUCUGAAUUGAAGGCUGAUAGUUUUGGGGAAGGGUCUGCCCAUGGACCACCCAAAACACCUGGUGCUGGUAUCACUAAUCAUAUAAAAGACACUCGUAAUGAAAAGCAGUCUGAUUUUUCUUUGCAAAAUGAAUUAUCAAAAUAUUCAACUGUGGCAAUAGAAGGACAAGGAGAAAGUGAAUUGCCUGAAGGGUUCAAACAAGAUGCCCAUUGUUUAGAGAAGUCAUCAGAAUCAAUUUCCUCUAUAUCUCUAGAAGCUGUUAAACAACCUGUACCAGAUUCUGAGUUGAAGGUAACAACAAGCAGCAUUGAGGUUGGAUUAGUGGAAACUGCACAGGAGGUGGAUGUUUCUGUCAGUUGUUGCACAGAAAUUGAUAGGACAACUGAAAAUUCAGUGGCACCUACUCCCACAACUUUGGAAUCCAUAAAUGUUGAAACUGUUCCAUCCAAUGCUGUAUUACCCACUAGUUCUUAUGGUGAUAAGAAUUCGUCUUUUGAUGCUUCUUUGAGUAGAAGUGAUAGUAUUGGUGUCAAAGAAAUUAUUGUUGCAAAAUCUGCUGCAUCAGAUCAAGAAUCUGUUCCUGUUCCCACCCCAUAUCUUUCAGAAUCAACUGUAAAACCUGAAGGGGCAGGUGUGGAAAAUGGUAGUGGUGGGUUGGUUUCCCAUCCUGUAUCAAGUUCCAAGGAUAAACCCACUGUAGAACUAAAUAGGCCCAAGACUACGGUUAAAAAAAAGAAGAGGAAAGAAAUUCUUCAGAAAGCUGAUGCUGCUGGGACAACCUCUGAUCUUUAUAUGGCAUACAAGGGUCCAGAGGAGAAGAAAGAAACUAUCAUCUCUUCAGAAAGCACUUCUGCUGGUAAUGUAAAACAGGUCAGUGCUGAUGCUGGUCAGGAAGAUGUUGUAGGAAGUGAUAUAGGUGAGCAGCCUAAAGCUGAGCCAGAUGAUUGGGAAGAUGCAGCUGACAUCUCCACACCGAAAUUGGAAACUCAAGACAAUGGUGUCGCUAAUGGAGGAUCAAUGCUUGAUGACAAAGAUGGAAACGGGGUUUUGGGCAAAAAGUAUUCCAGAGAUUUCCUGCUGACAUUUGCAGACCAAUGUAAUGAUCUUCCGGAGGGUUUUGAAAUUACAUCUGAUAUAGCUGAGGCACUGAUGAUUUCUAAUAUUAAUAUGUCUCAUCUUAUUGAUCGUGACUCAUACCCAAGUCCUGGAAGAAUUGUGGAUAGGCAGGCAGGGGGUUCUCGACCAGAUCGCCGUGGGAGUGGUGUGGUGGAUGAUGACAAAUGGAGUAAACUUCCUGGGCCUUUCUCUUCUGGACGAGAUCUGCGACCAGAUAUUGGUUAUGGGGGUAAUGUGGUAGGCUUUCGAUCUGUCCAAGGAGGAAACUAUGGUGUGUUAAGGAACCCACGUGGGCAGUCGACUAUGCAGUAUGUUGGAGGAAUCCUCUCUGGACCAAUGCAAUCAAUGGGUUCUCAGGGAGGGCAACGGAAUAGUCCUGAUGCUGAUAGAUGGCAGCGUGCUACUGGCUUCCAGAAGGGUUUAAUUCCUUCUCCUCAAACUUCGGUACAGAUGCACAGAGCUGAGAAGAAGUAUGAAGUGGGUAAAGCGACAGAUGAGGAAGAGGUAAAACAAAGGAAGUUGAAAGCUAUCCUGAACAAGCUGACUCCUCAGAACUUUGAAAAGCUUUUUGAGCAAGUAAAAGCAGUUAAUAUUGACAAUGCAGACACUCUCACUCGUGUCAUCUCACAGAUCUUUGACAAAGCUUUAAUGGAACCUACUUUCUGUGAAAUGUAUGCUAACUUCUGUUUUCAUCUGGCGAGAGAGCUGCCCGACUUCAGUGAAGACAAUGAAAAGAUCACUUUCAAAAGAUUGCUUCUCAACAAGUGUCAGGAGGAAUUUGAGAGAGGGGAAAGAGAACAAGAAGAAGCUAAUAGAGCUGAUGAGGAGGGUGAGAUUAAACAGUCUGAAGAGGAAAGGGAGGAGAAGAGAAUCAAAGCACGAAGAAGGAUGUUGGGCAACAUUAGAUUGAUUGGGGAAUUGUACAAGAAGAGGAUGUUGACCGAGAGGAUAAUGCAUGAGUGCAUCAAGAAGUUGUUAGGGCAGUAUCAGAAUCCUGAUGAGGAAGAUAUAGAAUCUUUGUGCAAACUGAUGAGCACAAUUGGAGAGAUGAUUGAUCAUCCCAAAGCCAAGGAGCAUAUGGAUGUAUACUUUGAUAGGAUGGCGAAGUUAUCGAACAACAUGAAACUAUCUUCUAGGGUAAGGUUCAUGUUGAAGGAUGCAAUUGAUUUGCGAAAAAAUAAAUGGCAACAAAGAAGAAAAGUUGAAGGGCCGAAGAAGAUUGAGGAAGUGCACAGGGAUGCAGCUCAAGAAAGACAGGCUCAAGCUAGUAGGCUAUCUCGUGGUCCAAGCAUGAAUUCAUCAACAAGAAGGGGGGCCCCUCCUAUGGACUUUGGUCCAAGAGGUUCAACUAUGUUAUCAUCUCCAAAUUCCCAAAUGGGUGGUUUCCGGGGUUUGCCAUCUCCUCAGGUUCGUGGGUUUGGUGCUCAGGAUGUUCGAUUAGAGGAUAGACAAUCUUAUGAAAGCAGGACUCCAUCAGUUCCAUUGCCUCAUAGAUCCAUUGGUGAUGAUUCUAUUACUCUUGGUCCUCAGGGUGGUCUUGCUAGGGGAAUGUCCAUUAGAGGGCCACCAGCUAUGUCUAGUGGUCCUUUGGGUGAUAUUUCUCCUGGUUCAGGAGACUCUAGAAGGUUGACAGCCGGUUUGAAUGGUUAUAGUUCUGUACCGGAUAGGACAACUUACAGUUCAAGAGAGGAAAUCAUGCCAAGGUACAUCCCCGAGAGAUUUGGUGGUCCAUCUGCCUAUGACCAGUCAAGUACACAAGACCGAAAUCUGCAGUAUGUAAACAGGGAUGUAAGAACCCCAGAUCGUGGCUUUGAUCGAUCUCUUGCCACCUCUCCACCUGCACGGGCACACGGACCAGCUGUCUCACAAAAUGUUCCUCCAGAGAAGGUAUGGCCCGAGGAACGUUUACGUGACAUGUCCAUAGCAGCAAUUAAAGAAUUUUACAGUGCCAAAGAUGAGAAUGAAGUUGCUUUGUGCAUCAAAGAUCUAAAUUCCCCAGGCUUCUACCCAUCUAUGGUGUCUAUUUGGGUUACAGACUCUUUUGAGAGGAAAGACAAAGAAAUGGACAUGCUGGCUAAGCUUCUUGUCAAUCUAACAAAAUCUCGGGAUGCCAUGUUAAGUCAAGUUCAACUAAUCAAAGGAUUUGAAGCUGUACUGACUGCUUUGGAGGAUGCUGUAAAUGAUGCCCCAAAAGCAGCAGAAUUUCUUGGUCGCAUCUUUGCCAUGGUUAUCAUAGAGAAUGUGAUUCCCUUAAGGGAGUUAGGGCAGAUAAUACUUGAAGGUGGAGAAGAGCCUGGUCGGCUGCGAGAAAUCGGGCUUGCGGCUGAAGUUCUGGGGAGCACAUUGGAGAUUAUCAAAUCAGAGAAAGGGGAGAAUGUGUUGAACGAGAUUCGCAAAGUGUCCAAUUUGCGGUUGGAUGACUUCCGGCCUCCUGAUCCUUCUUACAGAUCAGCAAAAUUAGAUAAAUUUAUUUAGGGGAUAGUGAUGCUCAUUUGUAUCUUAGGAGAAGAAAUUCUUGGCUAGUGGCGUUAGGGUACUUGCCCCCUCUCCUCCUAAUCUUGCAGGGAUGAUAUUUUUCUUGUCUUUUCUUUUAUAGGUGGGGGUGCUUUUUAUAUAUGGGUUUGUCUUUUUUCUUUUUUUCUGUUUUUGAGUAUUAUUUCUUCCCAAAGUAUAACUGCAAAUUGCCGAAAAGGUACAAUUGAGCAUCCAAAAUUUUAACA